AUGAUCAGCAUGGAUGGGGUGCCUCGGCCGCAGGCCACGCCGGAGACCCCUGACGCGGAGAUGGACACUGGCGAGGACAUUUACGCGGGCUCCGCUGCGGCUGCGAACUGCGCGGGCGGCGAGGCGGAGAGCGCGCGUCAGGCGCGGCUUCGCCACAAGCAGUUUGUCUCGACGCUGACGAACCGGAUCGCUCAGCUCGAGUCGCAGCCGUCGGCCUUUGCGGCGGUGCACGAGCUGCGGGGCGCGCUGAGCCAGGAGCAGCUGACCACGCUGCUGGGCUGGAUCCGGGAUAGUCUCGUGCACUACCUCACUGGGCCUGAGACCACACAGAGCCAGCAUCCCGUCACCGUCUCGGAUUUGCGUGGCGAGGCGACGACUCUCGGCACGACGGGGAUCAUCACGAUGGGUGGUGCCGUCGAGGUGGGUCGCUUCGAGGUGCCGAUCGCCUCGCACCUGGUGGGAGGCAUCUCCGACAGCAUCCCUCGCAAGCUGGAGCGCCAGCUCGCUGCGCUACUGGACGGCGCGCUGAGUGACAACCCCCAGAGCGCGGCGCGCGGGGACCUAGCGCGCCGCAUCAUCGAGCCGUUCGCGGGGGAGGUGGCUCACGCGUUGCGCAGGGCGUUCGACCAGGAGCCGACGGCACCGUGGACCAAGAGCGCCUUCACGCAGUCGCGCCCGCAGUCGGCGUCGAGCGAGGCGAGCAUCGCCCCCUCCCUCAGCUCACUGCGGCACUUCGCGCCCGACGCGAAGGCCGAGCCCGAGACACGGAUGGUGGUCUUCCCUCAGACAAGGGAGAUCGCUACGCCCGAGAGGCGGGCGGACCACACCGAGCUCGCGGAGAUGCCAGCGGAGUUCGAGCGCACCCGCGCGCAGGUCCGAGCACUGCGGGACAAGGCAUGGGCACGAGCCCUCGAGCAGAGGGCAAGCGACCUCUUCGACGAGAUGGAGAGCGACACCGAGCACCACGAGCUCUCCGUCAUCGCCGCCGCCCUGGCGGCGGCGAUGACGGAGAGCUCGUGGUGCUCGUGCUCGGACCUGCGCGCGGGUGCGCUCGAACUCCGCUGGCAUCUCCGCGAGCUCGGUGUGGCGCUCACCGUCGACCGGGCGCGGGCGCUGCUGCGCGGCGGCGCGGACUCUUCCUCCGGCGAGCCGUCGGCCCUCGAGCGGGCGCGCGUCCUCUGCUCGUGGGGCGAGUCGGAUCCGACCGCUGUGGCCGUCGGCUCCACCGUCGCGAUCCACUCUCUCGUCUCACGGCCGUCGAUGAACGGCAAGGUCGGCGUCGUCGUCUCCGCGAGCGUUUCGACGGGACGCUUCGGCGUGCGCGUGGCGGGCGAGGCCAAGGCCCUCGCACUGAGGCGCGCUAUGGUCCCUCCCCCACUCGCCGGAUCCUCUCUUUGGACACGCCCCACGCCUCUGCCCUUCCGCAGGCCGGCCAACCUGGAGCCAGCGGCCGAGGCGGUGGAGGUGGGCAGGCUCAUCCUUAAGGCGGCGGAGUGGUCGCCGCAGUCGCACGAGCUCUUCCCGGAGGCGGCUCGCAAGUGGGCGGUCGAGGUGAUGCGGCUGGGCUACCUUAUCGCGUGGGACGAGGAGCGCUUCGACGGCGAGGGGGCGGCGCCGGGGCUGGUGGACCUCUGGCGCACACACGUGCUGCCGCACGCGGUGAGGCGCUGA